CUGAGCCCAGAGUCCCGUCGGUUGCUUGGCAACGGGACAACAACCAAACCAACAUGGCGGAGAACAACCAAAUCCCCGGUGCGUAAGAAAAACACCGAGUCCCACAUCCAGAAGAAGAUCCGAGCAGCCUUUGAGGCGUUUGACUACGAGUCCAACCACACAGUGGACGUCCGUGAGAUCAGCACCAUUAUGUAUGCACUGGGUUGCUUCCCCACUCAGGCAGGCCUGCAUGACUUCAUUGUGGAGGUGGAAGAGGACAACACGGGAUACAUCUAUUGGGAAAGGUUCCUCCCAGUCAUGACCAAAGUGCUGCUGGAGCAAAAGUUUCCUCCUAUCCCUGAGGACCACCUGCUUCAGGCCUUUGAGGUUCUGGACAAGGAAAAGAAGGGAUUUUUGGAGCCUGAGGAGCUGACAAAGUAUAUGACACAAGAAGGUGAACCUUUCACUCAGGAGGAAAUGGAUGAGAUGCUGACAGCGCUCACUGAUCGAGACAGCAACCUUAACCUUAUUAUAUACAAAGACCUAAUCAGCCAGCUGACCAUUGACCCCGACAUUAGUAGAGAAGGACGAGCCAUUAAACUCACCGGUCAGAGGGUGGACAGCAGUAACUUUGGGUGCGAGUACUGGUCACUGCCGUCCAUCAUCUGCCUCCGCUCGGUGAGAACAAUAACAGGCUUUCUUUUCGACCCGGGCCGCGAGCUGCAAAGGUGA